UUAAAACCACUUUCCUCUCACAUAAAUUGAGCGUUUAUGACUCUUUCAUAAUUGACAUAAUUGUUUGAACGUUUGCCUAAUUCCUCUUCUAAACUUAUGAAAACUCACUAAGUACUGUUUAUUAUCGGCUCAACAGAAAGAUAAAAUCAAAACAAACUGAAAAACACCCUAACAUAAGCUACAAAAAUGCGCAAGUAGCUACAAUUGCAGAAUCUAACACAAGAAAUAAAGGGAUGCAAAGUUGGAAGAAGGAGAAAGACGUACUGAUAACUCAUCAACAUCGAUUUUGACGUACUACAAGAAUUUCCCAUUUAGAUCAUCAAUUUCAUCCCAUUGGUAAUUCAUCCUCCAAUAAUUCUGUUAUGGAAGACGAAAAUCUGUGCAGUAAUUUCGAACCUUUGAAUAAUAAUCCAUAUUCAUAUGGUGUUGAUCAAGAAUUGUAUGAGUUUAAUAAAGGGAAUGCUGCAGCAGAUCAAGUGAUGGACAACUUCCAAAAUUGUGGAGAUUAUUAUUAUUAUUAUUCUUGCAACAAUUUUCAUCAAAGGAAUCAUCAAACUGAAAUAAUGGGAUUGGAAAGAAAUUCUUCCAUUAAUAUUCCAUUGAAUUUCCCAGAAAUUAAACCUGUAAACUUCAUGGUACCUGAUGAAGUUUCAUGCAUAAGUUCAGGAAGAAAUGGCCAUAUUCAGAAAGGUAUUAUGAAUAAAAAUGCUAAUUUUCCAUCUUUGUUAAGAACAUCUAAAGGUAGAAAGAAGGCAAGUGUGAUCAAAGGCCAGUGGACAGUUGAAGAAGAUAGGCUUUUGGUUCAAUUGGUUGAACAAUAUGGAGUGAGAAAAUGGUCUCAUAUUGCACAGAUGUUGCCAGGGAGAAUUGGAAAACAGUGCAGAGAGAGAUGGCACAACCAUCUCAGGCCUGAUAUUAAGAAGGAUACAUGGAGUGAAGAAGAGGACAAAGUAUUGAUUGAAGCACAUUUAGAAAUAGGGAACAAAUGGGCAGAAAUUGCAAAGAGACUACCAGGAAGAACUGAAAACUCUAUCAAAAACCACUGGAAUGCAACGAAGAGAAGGCAAUAUUCAAAGCGAAAAUGCAAAUCCAAAUAUCCGAGGUGCUCCCUUCUACAGGAUUACAUAAAGAGUCUGAAUCUCAACUCCAAUAACGCCGCUCGCCACCAGAAGAAAAGCUCCGGCGCCACCUCUUCCGCCGUCAACAAUAAUUCCAAAUCAAAAUCGACCAAUCAUCACCAUCAUAAUCAAGUACAAACUACUAAUUUUUGUCCUAACGAUUGGACGGUUCCGGAUUUUGAUUUCAAGGAAGAACCAGAGAUUUAUCUCGACGAUAGUUUCUUUCCGGAAGGAUGUAGCACCAACUCGCUCAUGGAGGAUAUUGUUGCCGCUUCUGUUGACGAAGCCAAUAAUUAUGAUCGAGAAAGAUAUAACGACAAUGAAGAAUUGGCGGAGUUUUGUCGGGUUGAAAUGGAGAAAUUGCAGUAUUAUGCUCCGUUGAGUAUGGCGGCGACGGCGGCGACGGCGAAGGAGUUUGAAGUGAAAAAAGAACUUGAUUUAGUAGAAAUGAUGACUCAAGUCAAUGAAAUUAACAACAUGAUGAAAUAAUGACCCAAUGUGAAAACAAGCUUUAAGUAGCAAGACUUUUUAUUUUAUAUAUUUUUUGGAAUUUAUCAUUCCAAAGAUAUCUACUUUUAUGCCAUUAGCAUGUGAGAAAAAGUUUAAAUGGAACUUUGCUCGAGAUUAUCGACUUCAAAGUUUGUACUCGUAUUCAAGUUUGUCUUUAUUGAGGAUGGGAUGUACUUUUUUUUUUUUAAUAAAA